AUGGCAGGUGUUACAACGAGGAGACAGGCCGCGGCCGCGCAACAAGAAAAGAAUGCCACCACCGUCAACGGCAAUGCUGCCCCUGUCAUGGAACAGAAGAACGCUCCACGAGAUAUCCUCGAUGACCUCGACGAUGACGAGCCCGCCGAGAACAUUUUCCUUUUCUAUCCCAACCUGAUCGGAUACGCCAGAAUCAUCCUCGCUGUUGCGUCGCUCUACUACAUGCCCAUUCAUCCUAGAACCUGCACACUGCUAUACUCCAUCAGUUGUCUGCUCGACGCAUUAGAUGGAAUUGCCGCCAGAGCGUACAAUCAAAGUACGCGCUUCGGCGCCGUGCUUGAUAUGGUUACGGAUCGGUGCACCACUUCCUGCCUUCUGACUUUCCUCGCUUCUGCCUUUCCCCGGUGGGCCAUCCUCUUCCAGCUCCUGAUCUCUCUUGAUCUUGCCAGCCACUACAUGCACAUGUACGCCACCCUUGCCCUUGGCGGCAGCAACACCUCCCACAAGAACGUCGACAAGUCCCGUUCCUUCCUCCUGAACCUCUACUACACCAACAAGAACGUGCUCUUCAUCGCCUGCUUCCUGAACGAGGCUUUCUUCGUCGGCUUGUACCUCCUCUCCUUCAGCUCCCCGCUCCUCUCGCCCUCUCUUCUUGACACCGUUCCUCCCUCGACCGCCGCCGCCAUUCACCAGGGCGCCCAGGUCAACUCCAGCAUUCUCAGCAUGAUCUUCGCCAACCCUUACAGCGCCGGUGCGCUCGAGAUGGCGAGGGCGAACAAGAUGGACAGCUUCUGGCCCUGGGUUAUCACUGGUGUGAGCUUCCCCGUCAUGGCCUUCAAGCAGGUCGUGAACGUGAUCCAGCUGGUCAAGGCGAGCAGGUGGCUCGCUGAGGGCGACAUUGAGGCCAGGAGGGAGGCUAGAAGGAUUGCCAAGAGGAGGCAGGAGUAA